CUUCCUUUAACUUUAAAUGUUACUUUAAAUCAAGUAACAUUGUGACGCAACACGUGUACAUUUAGCAACCCAGAGAAAAAGUAACAUUGUGAAGCAACACGUGUAUAUUCAGUAACCCAGAUAAAAAGGUUGCAGUCAUCAUGAGCGGAACCUCUAGAAACCAAGAAAAUUGUAAUGACCAAAUUUUAUUUGGAAUGAAGAAAAUCACUGAUUGGGAAAUAUACGGUGUUAAACGUUUUCCGUACCGUGGAAAGCGCAAAUAUACGCCAUGUCUUUACCAAUCUUUCGAUGGAGGGAUGGUUAUCUCGAAUGACGUUUUCGGACUAACAAUCAGACAGUUUGAACGAAUGUAUAAAGCUUGUUUAGCAAGAAGGAAAAAGCACAAACAGUGGAUACUAAACCUUAGAUAUCCUGACAAAUCAUCAAAUGAAUAUAUGGAGUACUUACAGAACGGUACAGAAUGCGAUAAAGAUCAUUUACUUUGGCUUGAAAAUGUCCCGAGGGAGAAAUACUUAUACGAAAACCUAGUAAAAACAAUUGGUACUGAAAAAGAUAUACGGAACAGACAACGAUUAUUUAUUAUACAAGAUCUCAUCGGCUGGUCGAACAACCGUCAACAAAUAUCAAGUGGAAGUUUCGGGGAAGGAAUGUAUUUUCUUAACAGUGAUUUAGAUAUUAUGUAUGUAAUUACAAACGUGGAUGUAGUGCAGAAUGCAAGGAAUAUCAAACAGCCAAUAGGACACACAUAUCUUAUGGAGACAGAUAUUGAUCAUCCUGGCUUUAUUAAACUCAGAUUGAUAGCCAGAGAGAAUGGGGAAAUCGUCCGUGAAACAUGUCCAGACUGUCACUCAGGUACAUGUGCCGGUAGCAAGUCAUAUGUAUCCGUACACCACUUUCUUGAUUAUUUUUCUCAAUUAUUUCAGCAUGCACCCAUUGUUUUACACGGUCCAUGUUUUUCAGAUCGAGAAAAUACCGUUGAUUAUGCUUUCUGCCUAAGAAGUAAGUAUUUUCCUCACGUUGCAAUUCCAUGGGCAUUCCGUCAUCGACGGCAAUGGCCGCCUAAUUUAGUAAUUGCCAGGAUAAUAAAUUACGGGUGCUUGUUCGUACCUGUAGGACCUAGGACUAUGACGGAUAAUGACUUAUUAUGGAGAAUAUCUUUCUCCAUGGCAGAAAAAAAUCUUGUACAUUCGUUUAAUUUCACUCACUUCUUAUGUUACGGUCUGCUAAAAUUAACAUUAAAGCGAAUCGUAAAUACACACAAUGAUGCCAAAGAGUUAUUGUGUUCCUACUUUCUAAAGACGGCUUUAUUCUGGGUCUCAGAGGAAGUAGAUUGUGAUACAUUUCAGUUAUCUAAUUUGUAUUAUUGUUUUUCUCUGUGUCUUGAUAAAUUAAUAUCAUGGGUUUACACCUGCUAUUGUCCAAACUAUUUUAUACCUGAACACAACAUGUUUACAGGAAAGGUCACUCUGAGUAACAAUAAGAUCCUACUAGGUGUACUUGGUAGUAUUAAGUCUGGAGGGAUUGAUGGAUUAAUACAGAAUUUAUUUCAGACUGACUAUGAAAAACACUACUUAUUAAGUAAACUCUGUGAAUCGUCGAUAGUUAUGUUAAACUUUUUAUUUUACAAGACAACUAAAUCGAUGGAUUUACCAACAGACAUGUCAAGUUGUUAUAAAGGACUUGAAAUUAUGCAAUCUUUACUAAAUUCCGAAUCGUCUACAUUUAUUAUUGAUGCGUGUAAAUAUUUUUAUGCUAAAAUCAGUCAAAAUAUAGCACAACUACUACCACCAUCAAGCACAAAUCGUGAGACGUACAACAUACGUAAAUGUUAUCAAAAACAUUUACGAGACGGCAUCAAGACAGAUGCCGUGUCAGGUUGGUUGUUAUACGCGUCAUUUUAUUAUGUAACAGGACAAUUCAAUAUUACACUCAAACUAACGGAUUACAUUCUAUCAAGAUGUUCACCUGAUAUGACGUUUGUAGGAACUCAUCAACAUUGCAAUGAACAUAAAAAUGAUUACAGACAAAAUGUACAUUCUUCAAUGACAUUGAACAACAAGAAGAAAAUAGCUACUGUAACUAAUGUCACUUACUUAAGGCACUCAGCAUUAAUACCAGAAGAACUACAACUGACUGUGGAUGAAAUGAAAAUAAGAAUACCACCUGUUGUAAUGUCUCACUGCCUUAGAUUUCUAUGCUAUCAUCAUCUUGGUGAUAUUUUCAAUAGACAACAGGCUUUAUGUGAUAUAUAUUUAACAGUGACAAACAGAUAUUUUAUUCAGUCAAAUGCAAUGUCUGAUUCGUUAACAAUACUUGGAAUAUGCUAUGAGAUAUCCGGUGCUAGAGACAAAGCUUAUCUUUGCUAUGACACAGCUUUGAAAUGUGAUAGUUCUAUAUCUAGAACAGCAGGAAAAAGAAAAUCAAGAUUGGAUGGCAACUAA